AUGACAACUAUAAAUCAAUUAAAUAAUAGUUUUAAUAAUGAUAAUAAUAUAAAUAAUACUAGAAUACCAAUAAAUACUCCACCACCACCACAAUAUAACCAAUCAUAUAAUAGUAGUAAUAAUAGUAAUAUUAAUAAUAAUGUAUCAAUACCAACAUCUCAAUCAUCUGAAAGUAUUAUUGGGGUUGGAACUGAAUCAACAGCAUCAACACCAGGAGUAAAACAUGUUCACUAUGAUUAUGCACCAACCAUAUUUAUUCUACCAGCCGAAAAGCCAGUUAAAAUCGUAAUACACAAUGCAACCAAUACAUUUUCAUCGAUUAUAAAAGGUAUCGUCAUUCCAUUGAUUGUUAUCUUUUUAAUCUCUCUCAUCCCACUACGUAGAGAUAGUUUUGGAUUUCUUGCCAAUUGGUUGUAUUGUCUCAUCUAUAUUCCACUGGUAACGGCAGUGACGUCGGUAUUUCACAUUGGAUGGGCAUCUGUAUUUCUAAAGACCAAGACUGGAUACUCUGUACUAUUCUUUCAUUGUGUCUUGGUGUCACUCACCUAUUCUCUGAUUGCACAGUUUAUCGAUCACACCAAGUAUCCCAUCCCACUACAAAUCAUAUUGAUUCCACUAGAGUCAUUGGUUAUCCUACCCAUUUUCAUUUAUAUCCGUUCGAGUGAUCGCUUCAAGUUGUCCUAUACCCUAUCCUUUUUACGGUACUAUCUCUUUUUGCUCUUGACAACGGUGGCUCUCAUCCUUUCUAUGGGAUUUGUCAUUGCAUUCUCAUCGCCACAGUAUCAGAUUCUAGUUGGUGUAGCCUACUAUUUCCUCAUGUUCCUCAUCAAUCAAGGAGUCAUCUAUAUCACACGUAAAUACACUCACCGUGGUAACCAUAACAUUAUUUGUUACUGGGUCGAGACACUAUCAGAGCUGGUCAUUUGCUUUAUGUUUAUCAGAGUGGAAUCAUUGCAUUUCUAUUUGCUGCUACUCAUUAAAUUGGUGGUCCUGGUUCGACAUCCCAUCUUUCUUUGUGAACAGUAUUGGCAAUGGCGUUGUUCUGUCAAGGCACAAUGGGACAAGUGUAAAUCAGACAAUUGGUUCCAUUCUACCAAUAUCUUUGACAAGGUGUUUUAUGGGUUCGUAGGUCUUUUCUUCCCCAUCUCGAUCGAGCGAGAAGAGCAUCAAACCAGAGUGAUCGAUCGUUUCUUUUUCACUUGCCUCUCUUACUGCGGUGUCCCAUUCUUUUAUAUUCUCUUGUCUGUUUGCAUCAGACUAGGCACUGCAGCCGCCCACUAUCCAUACGUCGAUAUUCACAGGAGUUUUUAUGGUGUUCCUUGUCAUCCGUUUCAUCUUUCAAUCAAAAUUCCAACUCUCUGUUCUCAAUCAUCCUCUACAAUCACUCAAAAACAACAUUAA